CAGAGGAGGAAGCUCAUCGAGGUCCUCACCUCGCCGAUUGACCUCACCAAGUCCAAUCUAGCUAUCAACGCCACCUCGUUUUCCUUUGCCUGAUUAUCGCCGAAUGCUCUCCUUUCUUUUUCUCCUGUGUAAUCUCAUUACGACGGAUGGAUUCAGUGACCCCUCCGAGCUGUUAAUUCUCAGGAGUGAGGCUCAAGAGGAACCGCAUCGUGUCCAAUAAGGAUAUUGGCUUCGAUUAUAAUCAUGCCGCCUACCAGUCUUCCUUAUAUAGAGAGGUGUAGGACAGGUUCAAGUAACAUACGUGAGCUCCAUAGCAGCAAUAUAUCAGAGCAAUGGCAUCAGGAAACGCCAGUGCGAAUCAAAACUUCAUCUGGGGAUGGGUCUCCGGAUCCGAGACCAGAGGCACUCUUGACAUCGUCUGGAGCUGCGUCUGUACCAUCUUUUUGUGCAGCUGGUCGUGUCUCUGUCUCAAAAUCCCCACCUCCAUCACCGGGCACUUUGGAUACCUCGAAUACAAAAUACACUGGCAACUGUUCACCAUCCUCUUCCCCGAAGUCACGGUUGCCAUCGCCGCAGAACAGUGGGAGUCGGCAAAUCAGUCGGUGGAACAUUUUCGCAGCUCGGGCACGGGGCUCGUUGAUCCAGAAGCCAUGCAUUUCUUGCCGAUGUGGGUGGAAUCAGGAUCAAGGCGCCGGACCUCGACGAGCCGCUUGCGGUGACCAGCUACCAGCUAGAUUGGCUGGUCGAGCGUCAGCAUCUCCCAAUGCCGGACAUCACCUUGGCCAUGGUCGAUGAUAAAGACCGGAACGAUGGGUUUGCUCGUGCAGCCACCUUGGUGCAAAUCGUCUGGUUCUAAGUGCAGUGCGUCGGCCGGUGGAUCCAAGACAUUGGGCUCACGACUUUGGAGCUGACGACCGUGGCGUUCAUCUUGUGCACGCUCCACACGUUUUUCUUUUGGUUCGACAAGCCGCAGGACGUCGAGGUACCAAUUGAUUUCCAAACAACGAGCCUCAUAUCUGAGAUUCUCGCAAGACGGCAGCCAAAUGACCAGAUCUCCAGCCCUA